AUGCUGUCUUAUGAAAGGGGGCAUAAGAUACUGAUUGGGCAAUACCUUCAGCGGAACCAAACCAAAGCCUAAGGAGUUGAAGGGGGCGGCAUUGGUUUACCUGAGGCUGAGGUAUCUGCAAAGCUGCAGAAAUACGCAGCCGGAAGCUUUCGCUAUCAUCAGAUGAUCAGAACUCUGUCAUAUGGAAGAUGUUUUGUGAUGCAGCACUCAACUAGGCGCUAGCUGCAUGUGUGGGUGGGUCUUCCAGCACAGUUGCUUCGAGCCACUACACUACAGAGCACAGGGAAGCCAUUUUGAGCUAGGUUGAGCUCAGAGGAUUUUUGGUGAUUGGACUUCGACUUGGCAUUGCAACCUGCAUUGCUUCUGCUGCCUUGCACUUAUUUGCGGAUUGGCGCCCAUCCUGCAAGAUCCGAUUGCAGUUAGAAUCUAGGUUUAAGGACAAACACUUCGCCAUCUCGUCUCCCCAUCAAGAGAACCAGGAAGAGGCUGGAAACUUGGCCUAUCAGCUACUCGAUUGUCGCAAGUGACACUCACGAAGGCCUUUCAGUCAGUUGGCAGAGAGACAGUGGGGUUGCUUCUGUACAGCAUUGGAAGCUGUCCAGGUCAUAAGUGCAUUCCUGCCCGAGGAAUGCGGCAUGGCUACAACCCUGAGAACUGUCUCCUCUGGUACCUUUAGCAAUGGCAUAUACAAGACCGCCAGCUCUAGGAAGCGCUCCCAACAUUGUACUGCUCACCUAAGUGGUGCAGCAUUUUGCCGUCCGUCCAAAACUAUAGCCAGACAGCCUCUUGUCAACAUCCCGACGCAGCUUAGGUCCCCCUGUCUGAGAUUGAUCGAAAGCUUAGAGCUUGGCCGCAUUUCAGUUGUGCGGGAAAAUGGCAAGAUCUGUGCAGCAGCAGCUGGCGCCUCUUCCCCCAUGGACAAGGGAAAGGAACCAGGGGGGGCCUGGCUGGAGAAACUGACGGGGGCGCACUCUCCCCCUGCCAGCGACAUCUUCUGGGCAGCUCUAGGGGCGUUUGCUGGCAUGGCCUCUCUUUCUUACCUUGACCAGCAUCUGGUGCGCCGCGGCCUCACCCGCCUCACUAUUGGUCCAACAGCAGCCAUCGCUGUCAUCCUCACAGCGUCGCCAAAGGCACCUGUCGCAGCUAAAUGGAACAUCUUUGUCGCACAUAUGGGGGCGGCCAUUGCCAGUAUUGCCGCCCUUGCUUUGUUUGGGCCUGGCUGGCUGGCGCGCGCAGUGGGGGUUGCGGCUUCGGUGGCUUUCAUGCAGUUCACGGGGUCCCUUCAUCCUCCCGCCGCCGGGUUGGCGCUUCUGUUCGUCGACUCUGCCACGCACCAGUCCUUAGGCUGGCGCUACGUCGUCUUCCCCGGCCUUGCCGCAGCCCUCGUUCUAGUUCUCGUGACGGAAGCCGUCUCUCUUCUCCGACGAUCCUUCAGCUGACACAUACCAGCAGGACUUUUGUGUACACCUUAGAGUUAAUUAUGCUAAGGGGAUCUAGACCCGGUUCUGUCGGAAGAAACGAAAAGGAGACGCCAUGGGGUACCUCCGUGGGUUGUUUGCAAUACUCGAAGAUUCUUCAACAGUUUAAGUGGCAGGAUUAGGCGUUAAUUUGGGAAUCCCUCAAAUGGAACGAAUGGGUAAUAAGAUACAGUCAUCAGUCAUAAUCUAUUGGUCGCGUUGUGUAGAUUGAAACCUAGGAGUGUUGAUAAGUGUAGGCCGGUCUGGCAGGCUUGGUGGUCAAUUACUGGCUUAGAACAGGGCAGAAUGUGAUCAUCUAGUGCACGCUACACUCGAUGUCAAGCUGGCACUCGUGGCCUUGUACCUCAACAGUUUCUGGCCCUCGAUCGUUUAAGAUGUCAGGUACUCAUGCGCAUUUACUAAGAUAAUAAUCACGAUUCGUGAGCCUUUUCUCG